UCAUUAUGGCAGCCCCCUGUCACCCCGACGUGGAUAAUAAUGAUUCCUUACUGAUUAAAGAAUUGUUAAAAAGUCAUCAGUUCCUGACUGUAAUUAAUAGUGAUAACUUAAUGAAGGUAAAGUGUAACCUGACAAAUCACGAGUUGCCAUACAGACUUGAUGCUAUUGAGAAACAUGUUCAAGGAAAGAAGUACCAGAAACUAAGUGAAAUACAAGGCUUUGAUUAUGACAAAUACGUUCCACACUUGGUUCCCAGUACAAAAAGGAAACGUGAGCACCAGUUGUUUUGCACUUUGACAUGGAGACACAUCACAAGAUCUCCGACUGAUGUCCUCAGGCAUGUCAAUGGGCGCCGUUAUAAAACGGCUUUACAAAGAUAUGAACAUUGCCAGCGAGAGAUUAUACCAUUCAAGGCCAGAAGGGGACGUAAUGCAGCAAAACGAGAUAGUGAACCAAGAGGUCACAAUCGGCAAGAAACGACAGAUUUUGAUGAGGAGUCCAUCUGUGAAGAGUCUAAUGACAGCAUGAGUGACCUCUAUCCAGCUGAUAUGUUUGAGGAUGACGAGGAUAAUGCAGCAGAACCCAUAACAGUUGAACCCAAGAAACAGAAAGCAACAGCUACUUCACUGAAGAAAAGGCAUGCAGAGACUAAAACGAAAGGCCAAGCAAAAAGAGAACAGCAGCAACACCGGAAGAAAAAAAGAACAACAUAGAUUCCCAGAAAGAAUGCUAUCCUACUACAAGAUAAAUUCACAACAUCAUGACUAUUAGUAUUGUGGCACAUUGUUGUAGGUUUAAUAUUGUAAACUUUUCAAUGGCAAUUUAAUUUAAUUUUCCAGCAGUGUUUCAGCUAUGUUGACAGUCAUUCAAUGCAGCAUUAUUUCUUAACUAAUUGUAAUAUUCCCACGUUUUUCUAAUACAAUUGAGAACAAUUAA